UUCUCCGUUCUCUCCACCGCAUCAUCCACCGACAUAUUCAAAGACGAUGUCGGACGCUCCAAGCGGUGGCCGAAGCAGCGCCUACGACCCCUUCUCUCCCGACCUCUGGUGCAACACUUCCGGAUCGCUCUUCGCCUCUGGUGUCCCUCAAAUUUUCCAGAAAAAUUACUUUUACACCAGGAUCGACUGGAGGGAAACCCCAGAAGCCCACGUGUUCAAGGCCGAUCUUCCCGGGUUUGAGAAAGAGGGAGUGAAAGUCGAGAUCGAGGACGAUCGGGUGCUCCAGAUUAGUGGAGAGAGCAAGGCGGAGGAGGAGGACAAGAACGAUAAGCGGCAUCUGUGGGAGCGAAGCAGCGGGAAGUUCAUGAGGAGGUUCAGGUUGCCCGAGAAGGCGAAGGUGGAUCAGGUCAAGGCUUCCAUGGAGAACGGAGUGCUCACCAUCCUUGUCCCGAAGGUGGAGGAGAAGAAGACUGGGGUCAAGGCCAUUGACAUCUCUGGUUGAGAGACAGCGAUGGUAACUUCAGAUUGCCGUGUGCAUGCAGAGUUGAGUCUCGAGUGUUUCGUCUCUCCCUUUUGUGUUUCGAGAGUCAUAAUAGAAUAAUUUGGUUGAUUCAGUAUAUCUUUCGGAUUAUGCAUAUAUUUCC